AUGCACAAAUCUGCACCGUCACUCAAUGAAGACAGUGAAGAUCCUCCGUCAGAACUGUGUGAGGUUUUACUCUGUUUUUACCGCAUCAUGAAUGGAAGCAGAAGGCUCAACAGGAGGUUUUCUCUGGACAGUUCAGGAUUUCACGUGGACUUCAGUGGAAUCACAGCAAAGUCCAAGAGCAGCAUGUCGAGAAUAUCUUCAGAAGGAAGAACCUUCCAGACUCCAGAGGAGACACGUGCAGACCUUCUGGAGCACAAGAGCAGGAGAUUCACGACUGUAGAGGAGGGGAUAGGCCGGCCGGAUGGAUUAAUCGUCCGUAAUAGCUUCAAGAACCCAAACACAACCUUCCACAAACACUUUCCUGAAAUUCCAGAAACAGAAGAUCUGAAACAAGCGUUCACGUGCGCUCUUCAGAAGGAGGUGAUUUACCAUGGUAAGAUGUUCGUGUCCAAUCAGCACGUGUGUUUCCACUCGUCUGUGCUGCUCAAAGAAACCAAGAUUGUCAUUGACUUGUCCCGCAUUCAGACUGUCAAGAAGAAAAACACGGCUAAGUUUGUGCCCAACGCCAUUGCUGUCAUCACCACAGACGGACACAAGUACCUGUUUGUGUCAGUGCGGAAUCGAGAAGUGUGUUUUAUACUCCUUCAGUCCCUCUGCCCACAUCUAAAGAUUGGGAAUAUCAGCAGUAACCUGAAUAUACCAUCAUCAGUAAAACAUCAUCAUGAUUUGGACAUUGACACGGUGUCCGGUCAGUUGAGUUUCGAUGAGCACGCUGAUCAUCUGAGGAUAUCUCCUGCUGGAGAUUCCACGAGUCUGAAUGAACACACCGUCACCACACAAACUGUCCACACACACACAACACCUCACAACAACACCAACAGAAGAAACAGCACAGCAGAGCAACACAACACAGGUGAACACACACACACAGGUGAACAUAGCACAGAGGAACACAUCACAGGUGAAUACACACACACAGGUGAACAUAGCACAGAGGAACACAUCACAGGUGAACACAACACAGAGGAGCACAACACAGAGGAACACAUCACAGGUGAAUACACACACACAGGUGAACAUAGCACAGAGGAACACAUCACAGGUGAAUACACACACACACAGGUGAACACACACACACACAGGUGAACACAACACAGGUGAACACACACACACAGGUGAACACAACACAGAGGAACACAUCACAGGUGAAUACACACACAACACAGGUGAACACACACACACAGGUGAACAUAGCACAGAGGAACACAUCACAGGUGAAUACACACACACACAGGUGAACAUAGCACAGAGGAACACAUCACAGGUGAAUACACACACACACAGGUGAACAUAGCACAGGUGAACACAUCACAGGUGAAUACACACACAACACAGGUGAACACACACACACAGGUGAACAUAGCACAGAGGAACACAUCACAGGUGAAUACACACACAACACAGGUGAACACACACACACAGGUGAACAUAGCACAGGUGAACACAUCACAGGUGAAUACACACACAACACAGGUGAACACACACACACAGGUGAACAUAGCACAGAGGAACACAUCACAGGUGAAUACACACACAACACAGGUGAACACACACACACAGGUGAAC